ACCAACUCAAAUCUUCACAUUUUAUCAAAUUCCAAAUAAAAACUAUCUACAAAUGCUUAUGUUGGGAGAUAAAAUCCUGGGAACUCUCUCAUUUCCUUUCCCAGAAACUUAGAAAAGAGAGGGUGAAAAAAAUGUCGCUGUAUUACAAAUGGAAGAAGUUCGAGGAAGACGAGGAUCGACCCGAGAAGCCUCGCCGGUUUGGGGUCACGGAAAUGAGGGGACCCAAUCACACUCUCUUGACCCAGAACGUCCUCCAGGAGAUAUUUGAGUCAAUGGGUCAAUUUGUAGAUGGGUUGAAAUUCUCUGGUGGUUCUCAUAGCUUGAUGCCGAAAUCAUUUCUGAAACAAGUGAUUGACAUGGCUCACCAGCAUGAUGUUUAUGUUAGUACUGGUGAUUGGGCUGAACAUAUGAUUCGUAAAGGUCCUUCAGCUUUUAAUGAUUUUGUUGAGGAGUGUAAACAAAUGGGGUUUGAUACAAUCGAGUUGAAUGUGCCAUCACUUGAAGUUCCUGAAGAUACUCUGUUGAGAUAUGUGAGAUUGAUUAAAAGUGGUGGCCUAAAAGCCAAGCCUCAGUUUGCUGUCAAGUUCAACGAGUCUGAUAUUCCCACUGGUGGAAAUAGAGCAUUUGGGGCCUAUGUUCCUCCUCCUCCUCCUAGAUCAACUGAACUUGUUGAAGAUGUGGACCUAUUGAUCAGAAGGGCUGAAAGAUGCUUAGAAGCUGGUGCAGACAUGAUUAUGAUUGAUGCAGAAGAUUUAUGCAAACAUGCUGAUUCUGUACGGGCAGACAUAAUUGCAAAGGUUAUUGGCCGUCUUGGUCUCGAGAAGACCAUGUUUGAAGCUUCAAAUGCUAGAGCCUCCGAGUGGUUUGUCAAGCAAUAUGGACCAAGGGUGAACCUCUUUGUGGAUCACUCUCAGGUAAUGGAUUUAGAGUGUCUCAGAGGACGCAACCUGGGGAAAAACCACUCCUCGGUUCUUGGUUCUUCCUAUUUUCUGUUCUGAACUAGUGAAGAUUUCUGUAGAGGACGCAACCUGGGGAAAAACCACUCAGUUCUUAGGUCUUCCUAUUUUCUGUUCUGAACUGGUGAAGAUUUCUAGAGACGCAACUCCUUGGUGGUAGUUUGUCGAGUAAACACUGUUACAACUUACUUUUGAUGCCUCAUGUUUGUGCUGUGAGUGUGAAGUUAAAUGGAAAUGAAAAGAUUAUAUGCUAUUAUUGCAAUAAAUUUGGAAGAAUUCUUGUG